AUAACAGUUGAAUAUAAAUUAUGUUAAAAAUACCUCUGAAGACCUCUACAGCGGCAGCUCUGAGGCAGAAUUUACUAACCACUUCAGAGAGUCUUCAAUAUGAUUCUAAGUGAUAAGUGAAGGUGAAUUUUUUACUCGAGCAAAAUGCCACACAAGACGCCCCACACUACUGGAUUGAGGAGGUGAACAAUGCCUCUCCUGCCAUGUCUGCUCUCCCUGCUUCGUUUUAGGAGAGGGACCUGGACCUGACAGUGAGGCAAAAAAUGGCGGACGAGAAGGCUAAUGGCGAACUGACAGAGGACGAAUUGAAGGCUGAUGAAUACAAACUAGAGGCAAACAAGCACUUUAAAGAGGGACAUUACGAUGAAGCCGUUAGUCUCUAUACGAAGGCCAUGGAGUUGAAUCCCAAAGUACCAGCAUACUAUGGUAACAGGAGCUUUUGCUACAUUAAGACUGAAUACUAUGGCUAUGCCCUCGAAGAUGCGAACAAGGCCAUUGAACUGGACAAGAAAUAUAUUAAGGCGUACUACAGGAGAGCCUCAGCAAACAUGGCUCUUGGAAAAUUUAAACUUAGCCUCAAGGAUUAUGAAGUGGUAAAGAAAUUUCGACCAAAAGACAAAGAUGCCAUCCUUAAGUACACAGAGUGUGAGAAGAUUGUACGAAGGCAAGCAUUUGAGAAAGCCAUUGCAGUAGAUGAUAAGAAAUCUUUGGCUGACACUAUAGAUGUGGACUCCAUGGUUAGUGAAAUCUUUGCAUCANAUUUAAUUAGCUACUGUGUUUAUUUUGUUUUACAGAAUGGAACAUUCACAGUGUGUGGUGACAUACAUGGACAGUUUUAUGAUCUAUUAAAUAUUUUCCGUCUUAAUGGACAUCCAUCCCCUGAAAAUCCAUAUCUAUUUAAUGGAGACUUUGUAGAUAGAGGAUCAUUUUCUUGUGAAGUAAUUUUUACACUUUUCAGUUUUAAACUCUUGUAUCCAGAUCAUUUUUUUAUGUCACGAGGUAAUCAUGAAAGCAUCUACAUGAAUCAAAUGUAUGGAUUUGAAGGAGAAGUGAAAACAAAAUAUACUACAGACAUGGCUGACCUUUUCACUGAGGUCUAUAACUGGCUACCACUUUGUCAUCUAAUAAACAAAAAAGUGCUGGUCAUGCACGGUGGUUUGUUUCAAAGAGAUGACGUGAAAUUGGAUGAACUUAGAACAAUAGACAGAAACAGACAACCUGGAGAGGAAGGAUUGAUGUGUGAAUUGUUAUGGUCGGAUCCACAACCUCAACCUGGUCGUUCGGCAAGUAAGCGUGGAGUGGGCGUGCAGUUUGGCCCAGAUGUCACAAAGGAAUUUUGUGAAAAUAACGAUCUAGAAUACAUUAUCAGGAGUCAUGAAGUCAAACCAGAGGGUUAUGAAGUAGCACAUGAUGGGAGGUGCAUUACGGUCUUCUCUGCUCCGAAUUACUGUGACCAGAUGGGAAACAAAGGAGCGUUCAUCACCAUGGGAAUGGACAUGAAACCCAAUUACACAACCUAUGACGCUGUGCCUCACCCCGACGUAAAACCUAUGACGUACGCAAAUUCAUUGAUGCCCAUGUUUGACUUCAUGUAACACGCACGAUGGUUCCACCAGGCAGCGCGAUGGCCGAUACCCUUCCGAAAGCCAUUAUUCCAGAUGCUUGCCAUGACAAUGACGUACACUGCAUAAUUCUCUUUGGAUACGAGACUCAAGCUCGCCCGUUUAGUUCCCUGUCGUAAACGGGAGUUCAUAGAGUUUAUAAUUUAUUGAAAUCAAAUUUAUAGGCCACUUACAUCAAUGGACACCCUGUGACUGUUAUGUUAAGCCUCGAGUUAGUUUGUGAACCAGACUUUCAAAUUUGUGAUAACAUGAACAUAACAAAUUAUACACAUGCCGAGCAAGUCUUUUGUACUAAAAAGAUGUAAAGAUAUUUCCUAUCCCAUAUUUAGAGUGAUACUUUCUAUCGUCACAUUUCCAAACUUAAAAUAUAAAUUCUUCUUCUUUUAGAAUCUCAUUGCAAGACGGUGACGUUAAUGCCUUUCCUAGGAAAAAGCGAAAAUACUCCUUCAAUUAAGUGAGCCCGAGUUCACAUGAACUGAUUUUCCAUCACUUCACAGCCAAACCAAUGCACCAGCCAGGAAUUUUUUUUAGAUACAUUAAACAAAGCGCACUUAGCGCCAGCAAUAGCCUAGCCUGCCUAGCCUGCCUAGCUGAGAGCUUUUCCCGCAUUGUGGCUGCGCGCAAAUUGGAGCGAGAGCAAAAAAAAAAAUCAACGAUUAAUUUGCUGUUUCAAUUCGUGCGCGGCCAAAAUGCGGAAAAAGCUUUGUGUACGGAAACGCUUGCUGCGUAAGCUAGCAAUAGACAUUAUCAGAAAUUCAUUAUCAGCACUGUACACUUCGGAGGUUAUUUACACCAUGUACCGCAUCGUUCAGCUAUAGCUCGGUAUUAGCUGUCAGCUGUGAAAGUUGUAGUUUGGUUUUCGAUCGGUUUGGUCACGUAUUCUCUGAAUAGUCUGUAGACUAUUUAUUCAACAGCGCAGUCAGUUAAAUUAUCGGGUGGUGGGAUUUUUGGAAGACUUAUGCAUGAAAAUAAAGUAACUUCUUUACGCCUUGUAUGUUAAAUGCGUGUAUGAUAAUAAUGGAAAGAAAUCACACGUUCUCUCAA